AAGCUUGGAUGAUAAAACUGGAGCUGAGAAAGUUAUUCUUCCUCCAUAUAACCAACAAUGGAUUGGACUACUAAUAUCACUUGGUGUGUUCACCAAAUGGAAGAAGAAGCUGAAUCACUAAGGAAAUAUUUUAACAGCACUGAGGACUACUUAGCCUUUUUAUACGGCCCGAAACGAAGCCAUCUGUUCUUGCCUAUGACUUGGGUCUAUGCUCUGAUUUUCAUCGUUGGAGUGUCCGGCAACCUCUUAGUCUGCUUGGUGAUUCUCAAGCACAGGAACAUGAAAACUCCCACUAACUACUAUCUCUUCAGCCUGGCUGUUUCAGACCUGCUUGUCCUGCUCAUUGGACUGCCCUUGGAAGUCUAUGAAAUGUGGAGCAACUACCCCUUCUUGUUUGGACUGGUUGGGUGCUAUUUUAAGACUGCUCUUUUUGAGACUGUUUGCUUUGCCUCCAUUCUGAGCGUCACCACGGUCAGUGUGGAAAGAUAUGUGGCCAUUCUUCACCCCUUCCAAGCUAAGAUGAAAAGCACAAGGCGGCGUGCUCUGAGGAUCAUCAUUGCCCUAUGGAUCCUGUCUGUCCUCUUCUCUCUUCCCAACACCAGCAUUCAUGGCAUCAUGGUGCAGUAUUUCCCAAACCAUACAGAAGUCCCUGGCUCUGCUACAUGCGCUGUGGUCAAGCCCAUGUGGAUCUACAACUGUAUCAUCCAAGUGACCUCUUUCCUCUUUUAUGUUCUGCCCAUGGGUGUCAUCAGUGUACUUUAUUGCCUGAUGGGAUUGAAACUGAAGGGAGAUCAGUCUUUGGAUACAGAUGAAAUGGGAAUGAAUGUUCAAAGACCUUCCAGAAAGUCCGUUACCAAGAUGCUAUUUGUCCUAGUGAUCAUAUUUGCUAUCUGCUGGGCUCCAUUCCACACAGACCGACUUUUCUACAGCUUUGUUGUACAUUGGACAGAAUCACUGGCCAGGAUAUUCAACUUAAUCCAUGUAGUGUCAGGUGUUUUCUUCUAUCUGAGUUCUGCUGUGAACCCUAUAAUCUACAAUCUACUGUCCAGGCGAUUCAGAAUGGCAUUCCUCAGUGUCAUCUUUCCCCAUUGCAAACACUGGCAACUCAGACACACUGCUAGUCACCUCCAACCCCAGAGGAGCAUCUUCAUGCUGGUGGAUCGCAACACAGUGGGAUCUGCUGAAGACAGAAGUCUACCAUGCAUGUACAGAUCAUCUGUCUGUAGUUCUCACCUUUCUACUGGCCUGUGAUUAUAGUGCUUUUCAUACAACAUCUCAGAUGUGCAGCCAUUUAUCCAUGAACAGUUGCUACACAGCUGGGAGAAGAGACAAUGUGGAUAGUUCUGACUUUUGUUGGUCUAUCUGAAGGACUUAUGAGCACUCAUUAACAACCCCAGUGAUCAAGUCCUGUUCAUGUAUGUGGGACAUUUAAAUGUUCUCCCACCUGCUUGGGAAGUUGCCAUGGUCAGAAUAAUUAUACUCGUGUAUAAGCCGACCCGCAUAUAAGCCGAGGCACCCAAUUUUACCUCAAAAAACUGGGACAUUUUAUUGACUCGCGUAUAAGCCGAGGGUGGGAAAGAUCCAUCAGGAGGCAGGGUGCUGAGCCAGGAAAGGAGCCACAGCUGGAGGAAAGGAGCACUCCAGAAGCCUUUGGGAUGCUUUUUAGGGAGGGGCGAGGUGGGCGCGCAUGGGUCUGGGCAGAGGGAAAGUGGCUGAAGGCAGGAGAAAGUGAAGCAGA